AAGCAUACCGCGCACUUAUGCGCAGCGCGGCGCGGCGAAGCGCGGCGAAAAACCGUGCAACGGAUUAAAUUUGUGUUAUAUAAUGCACGUCCGCUGACUCAAGCGAAGCAACCGCUUGCACCGCGCGCCGAAGCGCCGUUCGUUGCAGACCUGGAAUCCAAAGCGAGGAAAUUCUCUUCGGCGCGCUUCGCGUGCCCUAGUGCGCGGUGGUCUGCGGAAACUAUCUCUGUUUUCGGUCAUUUUCGAAAUCUAUUUCGGGUGUCUUCGGAUGAAGGAUUCUACGAUUAAUGUAUUACUAAUUGGCAUUUAGGUUACGUUUAAUCAAGAGCCGUUUUGUUUCGUUUGAGUUUGUUUAGUACUUGUAAUUUAAUUAUUGUUUUAUCAUGGAUGAUGAAACGUUCAUUUUAAUUAUACAAAGUUAUAAAGAGAUAUAUGAUAUUGGAGAUCCCAAUUAUCAUAAUCAAUUGAGAAGGGACAAUAUUUGGGAAGAAAUUGAAGAAAAAUGCGGAAUAAAAGCCGAAGAAUGCCGAAAAAGAUGGCGCAAUUUGAGGGAGUGCUACAGAAAAGCACAGAAGUCCAGACAAACAAAAAGUGGACAAGCCGCUACAAAAUCAAAGCCUUGGCGACUAGAACAGCAAAUGAGUUUUAUGAAACCAUUUUUAGCAGAAAGGCCCCAACAAUCAAAUUAUUCAACACAAGACAUAAUCAACACAGAACCUGAAUCAGAUGGUAUAGUUGAUACAGUUGUAUCGGUUCCUUCACCGGCGUCACCAUCAUCCGCACCCAGCCCUUUAUCUUCUAUUUCACAAAGCAGUAAAAAAAGAAAGUAUAGUUCUGUAAAAGAGACACCAACUUCAGUAGCACUUCAGGAAUAUGUCAAUUAUAAAAAAUCAAAAAUUCAUACUCCCAAGGACCACUUAACAAAAUAUUUUCAAUCAGUUGAGGAAUCUGUCAGGACUUUUCCACCUAUAUUGCAGAUUCAGGUUAAAUCUAAAAUAUCAGAGAUAAUUCAUGAAGCAGAAUUAAAAAAUAUCACCUCGCCUACCACCUCAACAUAUACUCAAGUCGAUGAAUCCCCUCCUUCAGCAUAUCAACAGACUCUGUCUUCCCAAAGUACAAAUAUACAUACACUGCCACCAUAUAAACCACAUGUUUCUCAGCAGCAGUCAUCUCAGUAUAAUUUAAAUUAUUCAUCAGGCACGUAUGGCAUUCCAACACGACAGCAUCAGCAGUCACUCGAGUGUCUUCCUAUGCAUACAACUCCAGCCCAUUCUGAGGAGAAUUUGCAAUAUUCACCUCAAAAUUAUAACAGCUUUUCUCUCAAUGAACCACCUCGAAGUUAUAACAGCUUUUCGCCCGAUGAACCCGGACAAAAGUAAUUUUUAUUUAUGUAUUGCUAUUUGUACAUCACAUAUAAAAUAAAGUAUUUUCUACCA